AUGAUCAAAGAAGAAGGACUCAUCUAUUUCGACAGCAAAGGCAUUGGGGAACCGAUCCGGCUAAUUCUGGCGUACGCCGGCCAGCAGUUUCAGGACGUGCGUCUGAACAUGGAUGAAUGGCUUGAGAAGAAGACAUAUACCCGAUUUGGUCAACUGCCGGUACUUGAAGUGGACGGCAAGCCGCUAAAUCAGUCUCUGGCAAUUUUACAUUACCUUGCAGAGAUAUUUGGUAAAACCGUACGUUCUAGUGCAUUUCAGCGAGCCAUCUACAGGGAACUGCUGAAAGAUUUUAUUUAUCCCAGGCUUGAAGUCUACGAUCGCUACUUGACAGACAGCAAAAGCGGAUUUUUUGGCAACGACAAAGUACGUAAUAUCCUGCGUUUGCCUUAG